AUGGUGCCUCUUGGAAAGAAACCUGCCAGAGAGGCCUCCAACUCCAACAAAAAGUAAGAGCAGUGGAAGGAGGAGUUCCCCUGGCUGGACUCUGACUACGAGUGGAAGCUGAUGUUUUGCCUUGAGUGCCGGCAGGCCCUGAUGAGAAACAAGCACGGGAACAAAGCCGAGAACGCCUUCACGGUGGGCACCGACAACUUCCAGUGCCAUGCCUUGCUGCACCACAUCACCUCUGGAGCCCACCGUCAAGCUCUGGCUGUCAACCAGCGUCAGCCCACUCUAGAGGGCCCUGCUGAGGGAGAAGGGUCCUACCCCAGCUUGGUAAUCACCCCCACCUUCAGAGCUGUCAAGAUGGAGGUGAAUCAAUCAGUGGCUCCGCUGACCACUGUGUACUGCAUGGCUAAAGAGGACGCGCCCGAUGACCGCCGUUCUGCCCUACUUGAGCUGCAGAGGUUCAACCUGUAUCAGGCACUGCUGGGCAUAGAGCAUGGUGAUUGCUACAACCCCAGGAGGGUGAAAUUCAUGCAGGUGGCCAUUGCCAGUGUCUUGCAUGCAGAGGACUGCCAGCGCCUGAAGGUAUCCCCGCAUGUGGGGCUGGUGUUAGACGAGACCAGGGACUGGCCUGAAUCCAGUCUGGCCCUGUUUGCUACUUGGAUGUCCCCGUGUGAUGGUCAGCCUUCUACCACUUUCCUGGGCAGUGUGGAGCUACAGGAGGGUGAGGUCACUGCUGGCCAAUUCCUAGACAUUCUUCAGGCCUUUGGUGUAUCUGCACCCAAACUUGCCUGGCUCAGCUCAAACUUCCCCAGUGACCACCUUGGGAGUGUCAGCCUGCAGCUCCAGACCCUCUGCCCCUUGCUCAUGGACCUGCACUGCCUCCCUGGUCGGACAGAUCCCCAACCCCCUGCCUACCUGGGUGAAUAUGAGAGCAUACUGGACGCCCCGUUCCGCCUGCAUGGUGGCCCCAGUUCCCACAUGGUUCCCGAAUUCCGUGCGGCCUUGGAUCUUGCAGCUAUUGACUUGAUGGGUCCCCAGCCAGUGCCUUGGGCCUCCCUGUUGCUUGUCGUGGAAGCAGUGGCUGAGGCCUGGCCUAGUUUGGUGUACACCUUGGAGGCCACAGCCCCGGUCUCUCCCACAGCUGCUGCGCUGGCCUUGGCCCUGCGCCAGUUCACUUUCGUAGUCGUCACCCACCUGCUGCUGGACGCUCUGCCCUCGGUGCAGAACUUGGUUCUGCAACCACAAGAGCCCGACUUGGCCUUGCUGCAGCCAGUGGUGAUGGCGGCCGGAGCUUCCCUGAAAGCUCAGAGCGGCUCCGGAGACGCCGGUCACCAGGGUUUCCUGCAGGAACUGGCCAGUCCCAAGUCCGACCCCGACGCGGGCGGCGGGCGCUGCACCUGCGGCGUGGAGCUGCAGGGCUACACCGAGGCUGUGCUGCGGCUCUUGGAGCGGCUCCGGGAGCCUUUCCUGGACUCCAUGCGGAAGGGGCUGAGGGACUUCUUCCCCGGACCCUCGCUGGAUGCCGUGGACGCCCUGACUGCGGUCUUCGAUCCCCGCCGCUACCCGCGGGUGCCCUAGGAGCUGGGCGCGCACCGCGAAGGGACGCUGCAGUCGCUGCGGCGUGGCUUCGCGUCCGCGGUGAUGCGCCAGCGCGCGCUCGGCGACUUUGCGCUCUGCAAGCGCGUGGUGGCCAGUCUCCAGCGGCUCGGCCCACGGGCGUGCGCCAAGCUGGCGUGCACGCAUUCCGAGCUGCGCGAGCUCUUCCCCGACUUCGCCGCCCGUCGGUGGCGGGGACAGAGCCGGGCAGGGGAUCGCCGGGCCGGCCACGUGCUGAAGAUCGCGGAUGGGCCCCCGCUGCAUGAGUUUGACUUUGCGCUGGCUGUGGAGUUCUUAGAGAGUGGGUGGGGGGAAGGGGCUGCUGGGGUCUCCUCUCAUCUGAGGGUGGCCGCCUCCUGUCCUAGCUAGCCUGGGGUCCUCGAAAUUGAAAGGCACGCAUGGCCUUAACGGUGCUACUCCUAAGCUGACCUACUGUUUUGUCUGGCUCCUCUCCUGAUAACCAAACCCAUCCCCUGACCUGUGAGGAAACAGGAGCCUGGGCAAGUCGGCAGAUGGACACCUCCCUCCACCCCAAAGAAAGUAGAGAGGUUUCAGAUGAAGGAAGUAAGCAGAUUCGGCCUUAAGAACUGAAGGACAGAGGAAAGGAGAAUGGGUCCCUGGGAAUUUCGUAGCUCGGUCCUUUGCAGUCUCUUCCUAAGAGACUAGCGAACAGAUCAUAGUGUCUGCUUCUGACAGACAGCACAACACUCUCCUCACACAAACUAAUAGGUCCAGGAUGGAGUGAUUGGAAGGAGGCAGUGAUGCCCUUCCAUCUGCUACCUGGGGGCUUCUCUGCAAUGACCGUGUUUAUAGGCCUAAAUCUACAAAUGGUAAAUAAAUCUAUCCUAUGUUUCAUAGGGUUGACAUCAAAGAAUCAAGAAGAACUUCAUUUGGUUUUGCAAUUACAGGAGCUCAAAAAAGUUCCAAAUAGCAUGGAUUUUCUCCUCCUUCUCCUCUUCCUCCUCUUUUUCCUCUUCCUCCUCCUCCUCCUCUUCCUCCUUCUCUUCCCCCUUCUCCUCCCUCCUCUUCCUUAAAAUCUGGUUGUUAAGUUCCUA